UCAAUACGACGUCGUUAGCUCGUGCGUUAUCUCUGUUCAUCAUCACAAACACGAACACGGUGCAUCUCUCUGCUUUUCUGCGGCGGUGACUGUUCGGAAGAAGAAGGAAAAGAUGAUGCGAACUCGACUGUUAUGGUUCGGCGUAGGAUUCACCUCCUCAGCCGCCGUGGUUUCCCAUUUCAUCUGGAAGGAUCUCUGGGUUGACCGUCACGCUUUCUCUUCUCACAUCACUCAACAAUUCGAUGCUCUUCAAACUCGAAUCUCAAAUCUCGAAUCCUCUUUGCCGAAUCAAAAUCCCGUUUCCAAUCACGAUCAGGUUGAAGGCUAGAUAUUCAGCUCCAGUAAAAUGCUUUCUAGUUUCUACAAGAUUGUAAGAGCUUUAUGCUUGCUUCAAAAUGUUUGUAGAGGAAAUGUCCUUAAUAAAACAGAUUGCUGAGGCAACCUUAACAUUCUUACCUGUUUUUUGUCUCCAUUGGAAAUUCGCCUAUAUUGAGGGGAAAAAGAAACGAGUUUAGCAAAAUUUA